AUGACAACACAUCCUUCCACUAGCUUGACCCACACUGCUGAGGAGACACAGCCCUCGGCAGUCCCGAAGACGGAGUACUUUCCAUCAAACACCGCAGAGAAACUACCGGAGCAAGACCGAGAAUUCUCCAUAGACCGUGACCCCGACACGGCCGAUAGUGCUCCUACGAAGACAACAUAUUCGAUAGAUCAAUUACUCGCACUAAGCCAUGGUUCGCCGCCCAAAAGUGCAACGGCAACUUCAAAGAUGUUGACCCGUGACUCAGACAAAGAGGCUGUUGUAUUGGAAAGUGGCCUCCUUAGCUCUCACGCCGCUCCAAGCAAAGUAAGGAGCAGCCCAAAUUCGAGUGAUUUCAAAAUGGAAAUGUCUGAGAGUGCACACUUUCGAAGGAGGCGCAACAAGACCGGAGAGAGUUCAGCAGCUUCUGAUGCUAUUUCUGGCACUGAGCGCGCGCCUGUUUGUGGGGCAGACAUAGCCACAGCCAUGACUCGAGAAGAGACAAGAGAAGAGACGAGAGAAGAGACGAGAGAAGAGACGAGAGACGAGACGAGAGCAUCGAGGUUAGACCAUGAUGCAUGUCCUAUCAGCUCGAUCUUCGAGAAUCCACCCUUGGCCCUAUUCCACAGCAUGUCUGGUCGAACCGCCGAUAAGCAGGUUGGAGGAAUCAAGAAGAACGAGAAGGUAGAAAGACAGCAGGCAGUAACGGUGACGUCUCAACUCCCCGAGAUUGACGUCACCCUCGGCGCGCGGACCAUCCAGGCCAUAGUUGUCCGUGGGAAUGGACAUGCUGAUUAUGGCUCUGAAUUUCCUAUAAGAAUUGAACCAAACAAUGCUUGCACCCAAAGGGUCAGUGAAGUAGGGGCCAGGGGAGUAUUAUCCACAUACCUAAAACCCCAGGCACCUACCCAAGGGAGAACUCGGGGGAUUGCUUGGAAAGACAGUCUCGUCCCCCGUCGCACAUUGACAUCUUCCAACUUGUUUGCCGUCCUCGAUCCCGAGACCCAAUUGGACAAUCCUGUCAAUGCUCUCUCCUCAUCUGAUGUGAAUGGAUCGACUACACUCUCUCAGAAAAAUGAGCAAGAAGCUACAUCCAAUGAUAAAGCUUCAAGUAAUGAUCAACAAGUUGCACUUACAUCCCACAAUGAUGGGUUUGGGAAGAAGACCUCCCGGGUCACUGAUACAACUGGGCAGCAGGAAGCCUCUGGGGCGGAGAAUACCUAUUCAUCAGCUGCAACAUUGAGACCACAUGAUCUGGCAAAUGAAUGGACCAAAGUUACCCCUAGGUCUGCACUACGCCCCAGAAGUUCUCAUGGUCAAGCACACAGGAGAGUCUAUGUCCCACAAGUCAAGUUCUCACUCACCAUGCAAGAUUGA